CUCAUCCUAAUGUUGUUUCUGACCUGCCCUCUGUAUUGAGACAAAAAAGGGGAUGGUAACCUGUAGAGCGGCAACAACCAGCAGCUUCUUGGCUAAGCUAUACAUAUUCAUAUCUAUUAGUUGCCGUGUGUGGUAGUUGACGAGCGCUGACACUAAUAUGUUGUAAGUAUUCAACUUCAUAUCAUCUAGUAGUAACUGAUAAGCGUAUAGUGAGAAGAAACUAAGUAUCUACUUUUGAAAUUAGUUGUUCGCACAGCAACACGUCGACUUCUUCGGACAAUUACAAACAAAAUCAUGGUUGACGUCAGUCUAGGGGGUGCAGCAGGAGCUGCCGCUUUUAUCGAUACCAGCGCAUCAACGACGAUGGAUCUAGGCGAACAGUGGCUCAAGCACGGAAAUUUAGUGAUGCUUAAGGCUAGUAUUUCAUUAUCCGGUGUCGUGAUUAUGAUUCUUAGACACGCUCAGUCGUGAUGAGUUUUUCGUUCUUGUAGUCGGUUAUGGGGGAUCUACUUUUACUAAAAGUAAAUGGGGACGCCUCACCCUCAGCGGUACCGAAUCACGCUUGAUGAUGAAAUGCUACCUGUAAGAUGCGUUACGUGAAAAAACUCCGCAACGAACGCGAUUGGGUGUGCGAACGGUUGCUUGUCUUACAGGAGAACUGGGCUCGUGAAAAGCAAGAGCUUGAUAUUUACGACUCUUGAUAUAAUUCAUUUCCAGUUUCACACCCCUCACCCACUAUUUUUUCCUCUCCGAAACGUUUUAUUCAAACCAGUUCGAGGGUGUAUAUACAGUUUGUCUUUGUUCGAAUUCUCGCAACUUUGCACUGCUACAUGUUGAUGUUUCUCAAGGAAACGUCGAGAAGAUAUCACGCCCUACAAAUAGGAAAUGAAUUAUGAUGAGCUGCUCUAAGAUGUCACUAAGGCUAAGCAACAAGUGGUCGACUUCCUCUGGAGAACUGUAAGGUUCAUGUCCUAUAUAGUCCUGAAUUGCGAUCGUAGUGUCCUGAAUAGCGAAAAACAAGCAGUUGUAUCCUGAGAAUGGCGUACUACCAUGACAUGAAGACAAGACAUGACUUCUCGGUCGUCUCAUUUAUUAAAUAUUAUCAACGUACUAUCAUGUAUAUGAAGAUAUUUGAGGCGUCCUGACAACACGACAUUUGAGGCACGUACUACUCGUAUAGCACCAAUAUGACUCCCUCUUUAACAAAGCGUUUAA